AUGACGAUGCGAGAAUAUCCUAGUGGGGAUCAGCAAACCCCCACCGGCUAUGGCUAUGGCUAUGGGGGAAACAACCACGGACAAGGCAACCCAUCUCCGCAGUCCUUUAACCACCCGAACGCCAGUGGCUACUAUCCGUAUCCUCCAUCGGGCGCGAACCCUUCGGAGACAAAUUACAACUACAACUCAGGGAAUCAGUCCUACCCCACGCAGACCGAGUAUCCGCAGCCGCAGCCAUGGGGUGGACCCUCCCCUUCGCCCGGGAACUACUACCAGCAGCCAGAGAACCGAUCAUAUCAAAACCCUCCAUAUGGGGGACAGCCGCCGUAUCCCCAUUCAGAAUCCCCGCGGCCCAACCAGACGGAUGCCUACCCUUCGAAACCAUAUCCUCCUUCCUCCCCACAACAGGGGGGUUACGGCCAAUACCCGCCGGCACCACCACCGUAUUCCCCCCAGCCCACCGGUAGCACCGAUACCCCGAAUGCUGAAACGGAGGAGAAGGACCGAGGAUUCCUCGGUGCGGUCGCGGGCGGGGCAGCGGGUGCCUACGGUGGUCAUAAGGUCAACCACGGCUUCCUGGGCGCCAUCGGUGGAGCGAUAACCGGCUCAGUCGCGCAGGACGCGAUGAAGAAACAUAAAAAGGAAAAGGAAGAGGAGGAAAGGAGAAAGCAAUGGGCCGCCCAGCAAGCAGCCGCCCAACAAGCAGCCGCCCAGCAAGCAGCAGCCCAGCAACACGCUCAGCAAUACGCUCAGCAACACGCUCCCCCGCAGCAUGGGCCGCAAGGACCUCACAGGCCCGAUUCAUCCCCACUGCGUGGAAACUUCUCUGCCUCAUCUCGCGACAUCCGCUUGGAAAGGGGUCAUGACCUCGUCGCCCACUGUGGCGCCAUCUCGGGGCAGAUGCGUCCUUCUUCGAUUCCGCUCAAUAACGUACUGUCUAACCAGUUCGGCAAGUUGGUGUGGGCGCGAAAUGGGAACUUUGCCGCGUCGGCGCGGAACAUUCGGCUGAUCGAAGGGGGUAAAGUGCUGGAGGCUGAACUCGCGAACGGCCGAGGGGGGUGGGAUCGGGCAUGGAUGAGGUUGGAUGAGCGGAUCUCCAAUCAGGACGGCAAUCUGGUCUUCUUGGAUUAG